AUGUCUUUCCUAAAGGAUAUAGAGCAGCUUGCCCGACCAGUUUUUCAAUUGCCGGAUUUGGAGGAUGAAGAUGUUGACGGCACUUCUUCAAUGGUAAUUUCUAAGCUCACAUGCGCAGAAGAGAGCGAUGCGCCCAUGUUGCGGCGAAAAGUUAUAUGCUUAGAUGUUGAUAGCAGUUCGAAAUAUAGCGGAACAAAGGUUUCCCGAGAUGACGUAUUUGACGGUUUCUCCGGAAUGACAGGAAUAGCUGAUUGUCAUGCCCUUGAAAACGGACAUAUUCAAGAGCACAGUGCUGAUGAAGGCCAAGCUUCCGAGGACGGGGAACAAACGAACUGUGUUAUGGGAGAAAAAAGUGAUGAUGACGAAGAAGUUGAUGAUGACAGUGAUGAGGAAUGUGAAUCGGAAAAUGAGGUUGUACUUGCAACAUCUAUUGGUAACGUUCAUAACGAUGCGAACAGUAAUUGUAAUAGAGGGAGUGGAGAAGAUGAUGAAGAACAGAAAGCACUUCCUAAUGGCAUAUUAAAAGAAAUGACCGUACAAGACCUCAUGAAAGAUGUGGACCAAGAUAAGCAACGACGAAAAGCCGAAUGUGUACUCACACAGUCUGAGAUAUGGGAACAACUGUUAUAUGUUAAAAUCAAACUUCACGCCGCCCUUACGGCCUUCAAUCAACUACCACGCGGACAACUGGCCAAAGAUCUUAUGAAAGAAGCUGACGAAGAGACUUCGAAAAACCUCAAAUUAUCUCAGAAAAAUGCACUCAAGUUACUUUCGAGGUUAUUGGAGGCGGAAAGACUUCUUCUGUUAUCCUCAUCAUUUACCAAACCGAUAAUGACAGGAAAUGGAGAAGUUGCAGAUUCCGACGAUGAAGAAAUAGAGAGUAGCGAGGACGAAAAGGACAACAAAAAGGAAGAUCGCUGUUCUAUUGGAGCAGAGGAAGAUGAUGAGUUUGGAGUAGUGCAGACUCAGUCUACGAAUAUAAAAUCACUAAGUAAACGCAUUUGUGAAAAUGAAGAGAAGUUCACCAAAUUUAGAGAGUCUACUUUACUAAAAUGGGAUGAGCGCACGAAACUGAUUUCAUCUCGUCGCUCAAAGAACGCCAGUAAUGACUUCUCAGCAUUUGAACAUGAGAACAUCGUAACUCAGAUCGAGAAGAUUUGUGCCGAUAAAUCACGUGUGUUGAAGCGGUGUCGAACAAAAAGAUCUGAUAUUGAAAGGAUUGGCGGAAAUGUCGAGGCUGACGAAGAUGAAGAAAUCUUCGACGAUGACGACUUUUAUCAGUUGCUUUUGAAGGAGUUGAUAGAUAAGAAAACAAGCACUACACAUGAUCCGGUAGCAAUGACGAGACAUUAUAUUGAGAUGCAAAAACUGAAAUGCAGACGGAAAAAGAAGAAAUAUGUUGAUAAUCGUGCUUCUAAAGACAGAAAGAUAAAAUACCUGCCGAUACCAAAAUUAGUCAAUUUCUGCCCUGCUAAGCCAGAGAUGAUGGAAUGGAGUCACGAAUCGCGGAAUGAGUUGUUCAAAUCGUCAAGUAUGCUACGGAUCCAUCAGUGCUGUUGUUGUUGA